AUGACUCGGAAUUGGGCCUCUGUUACUCUCAGUAAACUCUUUGGUGAGGAUGUCACUUUCGAAGAACGACUAUUAGGAACUGCACGUGACUAUGGGGCUUGCUGGUUCCUGCGGGGGUGGUGGUACCUUGGCGAUCUGGAAAUUGAGGGCGUUGGUACAGUAAGUGCCAACAUCGACCAACAGAUGAUUAUAUUCAAGCUCAGAAUGGCAAGCCUUGCGCGUAUUUCCACCCAGUUGUCUAUACAAUACUGGUGGCUUCAUCACCAGUGA